AUGCACGACAGCCAGACCACGCGCCAGCCGUGCCCGACGCAGGUCGACGAGGACAUGCGCGUCAACCAGCUAGUGGACUACGGGGAGACAGUGUUCGCCGCUGCGCUCGCAAGCAGCCGUGUCAGCUACUUCUCCAAGAACGGUUUCUCGACCGCACUCAUCCCGCUUGUGGGGGCCAUCGCCGCGCGACCUGGCAUUCAGGAUGAACCGCGCCAGCGUGUUCCCACUAGGCGCUGGGGUGCCGGCGUUUAUCCCGCCCCCGUGGCCCCCGGGGCGCUCCCUGAGUGCGGGGCCGCCACCGAGAAUAUUGACCGCCAGGGCAAGCUGAGAGGCUUGAUCUUCGCCGCGGAAAAGAAUAGCAACGGCGCGGCCAACGAGCCAAAUCAGAACGCGCCAGGCGACAGCGACGCGGCCACCGCUGCGCCCGACAACGAUGACGUCUUUAGCUCUGACAGUAGCUCGGAUAGCGGCGCCUCGCAGGACGGGGUCGAUCGCGUGCUGGGUCGGGGCAUCGACCCAGGGGCACCGGCCAUGGUCGCGCCCACGGGGUGCCUGCACAGCGCGGCCGCUCACGUGAGCCCCCCACAGGGUAAGUGCCCACCCGCGGGCCGGGGCCGUGACAAGUGCACCUACCCGCCCCCGACUACCGUCCGCGCCCAGAGGCUGAACCUAUGCCAACGCGAGGCGCGCAUCGCCGCGCCGACCUUGCCACGCGCUUCGCCAAUAGGACUGUUGCUGGCCGUCCACGCCAAGCUCCGAGCUCAGCCCAUGGCCGAGCCGCCGAGCUGCAGGCGCUGCGCGACUACCUCCCCGCCAUGGACCAUGGAGGCGCAGUUCGUGAGCGUCAGGGAUGCGGGUGCUGCUGCUGUCAGGGCCCUGCGCGACGGGAUCCUGGCAUUGCGGCAGGUUCUUGCCGCUGGGGUAAUGGGGCUGCGGAUCAACAGCUCCGUGAUGACGUCGUUGCACUUCGCGAUCACGUUGGCCCGCGUGGAGAGGGCGGGAUUCGGGGCGGAGCGGGCCCGCGCGAUGGCCGCUCAUAUCACAUUUCUAACCAUCUAUCCUGCUAUCCUCUCGGCCCAGGUACAGUUGCACAGGAUCCUGCGGGUGUUCCUGCCCGCCGUCGCGAACCUGCUGCUGAUGCCGCUGGUGGGCGCGGUGGAUCUCUUCUGGGUCGGCCAGACGGGCGACGCGCUCGCCAUCGCGGGCAUGGGCGCCGCGAACCAGGUGUACACCACCAUCUACUUCCUGUCCAGCUUCCUCCCCGCCCUCGUGACGCCCAAGAUCGCCAUGGCGGCGUCGCAGGACGGGGGCAACUCGCUGGAGGGCUCGCGCUUCGUCCGGGAGGCCCUGGCGUUCGCGGGGGCCAUCGGCCUCAUAGGACGGAUGCACGGCGCUGGUCGUCUUCCCGACGCGAGUGUUGGCGGCGAUCUCAUCAGAUCCUGCUGUGUUGGCCACAGGACGAAUUUUGCGGUGGCGGGGCCUCUCCCUGGUCCCAACGAUGUGGUCGACCAUCGGGUUCGCCACGUUCCGCGGGCUCCUCGACACGAGGAGACGCCGCUCAAGGUGACCCUGUUGGCCAACGCGCUCAACGUGCUGCUGGACCCCAUCUUGAUGUUUGGAGUAGGUCUUGGCGCCGCGGGCGCCGCGGCCGCGACGUCGGCGUCGGAGGUGCUCGGCGUGCUGCUCUUCCUCCUGCUGCUGCGGCGGCGAGGCUACCUCGACGGCCCGCCCUCGUUCCCCUCCCAGAAGCGCCUGCGCUCGCUGAUGGGGAACGGGCUGGCCGUGCAGGCGCGGUCGCUGGGAGUGCAGAUCAUGUUCAUCGCGGCGGUGCGGCGGGUGACCAGCAUGGACCCAUCAGGACUCGACUGCAGGCCGCUGCCUAUCAGGUGA